AUGUCAGCAGCAGCUCAAAGACUGGGAACUCUGUGGAGGCGAGGGGCCCCUAGGGGGGCCCUACACACCCCCUUGGGGCCCCUCUUGGCGCCGUCAGCUGCCGCAGCAGCAACAGCAGCAGCAGCAACAGCAGCAGCAGCAACAGCAGCAGCAGCAGCAGCUCCGCAGCAGCCAUGCGGGGGCCUUUUGCUGCGGCUCCGCCCUACCCCGCUGGGCCUCACUUUCCCCAGUCUUCAGAACUUCGCAGCGCUGCUGCGCACGCAGCAUUCACAGCAGCAGCAGCAGCAGCAGCAAACAGAGCUCCAGCAACAGCAGCAGCAGCAGCAGCAGCAGCAAACGAGGAAGCCUCCGUUCUCUGUGUGCAUAGUUGGCGCGGGCCCCAGCGGGCUUUACUGCGCAAAGAUGCUGCUGCGGCUCGCGGGGAGCCCGCAGCAGCAGCCGCUGCCGCCGCCGCCGCCGCAGCAGCAGCAGCAGCAGCAGCAGCAGCAGCAGCUGGAGAUAGUGGUUGUGGACUUGCUGCCAACUCCCUUUGGCCUCGUCCGCUACGGAGUUGCUGCAGAUAAACCCGAAGUCAAAGUUGUGGCCAACGAGCUGCAGGCGAUUCUCCAGUUCCCAGGCGUCAGCUUCCGAGGAAAUGUCCGCCUGGGUUGGGACGUGUCUUUGGAUGAACUGCGGCAGCUCUUUGAUGCUGUUGUUUUGGCCAUGGGACCUUCAACAACGGAAAUGUCGCCCUCGAUGUCGCCAGGCUGCUGCUGA